UGCGGUUGGCUAGUGUACGGGUUCGUCGGUAGGUCGUGAGCGAUCGAUCCUUCUCGCGAACUCGGCGUCUAACGUCGGGCUUGAUCCAGAAGUGACCGGACUUCCGCGAGGAGAGGUAAAACUUUUGUGAUCGGGUAUAGUGACAUAACCUAACUCCGUUUCUUCGCCGUGCGACUGUCACCGAAGUGCUAUGCGAUUUGUCGGCGCCCUUUGACUCGCCGCUUCCAGGAGACGAGACUGCAGGACUCCAAAAUGCUGCCGCAAACUCCCGACAUCAUUCCAACGACCUUGAACCAGCAGAAGUGUGUCAAGGCGAGAGCAUUGUACGACAAUAUCGCCGAGGCGCCCGACGAAUUGGCGUUCCGGAAAGGGGAUGUCCUUACAGUUUUGGAGCAGAACACUUCAGGCCUCGAGGGCUGGUGGCUCUGCGCUCUUCGAGGCAGGCAGGGCAUCUGUCCAGGGAAUCGGUUACGACUCCUGGUGGGUCAAUACGAUACAGGGGGUUGCUUGGCAGGCAGCAGAGCUGACCUUACCCUCUCCGAGGAUGGCCUACAAAGACACGGAAAACGGAGAAGCUGGCACGUACAGCCCAACAGGGUGGUGACACCCCAGAAAUGCGGGGACGUGUACCUGUACGACCUGCCAGCCAGUCGAGGCAGUCCUGCACCCCCUUCGAGACACGAGUCGCCCCUGAAUUCGACUAAUGACCAUUUGCAUUCAGGGCGGUACCCGACCGGGGCGCGCAGCUCGGUGGACAGCGGGGGCGACGUCAGCGACUGCUACGACGUCCCUCCCAGGGCCGUGCCAGUGGGGCCCUCCCCAGCGGACAGUCCCAGCCCGGCGCCCUCGUGCUACGACGUGCCCAGGCCCCCGACCUCCUGCACGCCGAACUCGUACUGCUCCCUGGUCUCCGCAGCUACGCCCCUGGACUGCUACGACGUGCCAAGGCCUCUGCAGCCCCUGACUCCGAGCAGCUCGGCCUCGAGCCUGACCAACGACGGCUCCCUCAGCGGGUCCAACAGGUCGAGCCUCGCAGUCCCCGACUACGACGUCCCCAGGGCCCGUCCCCAGGUGUCGUCGGUGACCUCGCGAAUUACCACCCCCGUGCCUACGACCCCGACGCCGCCGCCGGCCCAGCAACCCCAGCAACCCCAACAGCCCCAGCAGAUCUACGAUGUCCCGGUCAGCAGAGAGCUCCCCCUGGAGCUGGACUCCGCGUUGGAAGGGCUCCAGAGGUUGCAGGCCGAGGCCUCCUCGGCGAUCGCCAGGCUCCUGGGCUUCGUCGGUCCAGGGUGGAGGGCUCCCCAGAGGCUCGACGCCAACCUGAUGGACCUGCGACUUGCCGCCCUCAGGCUCAGGACUUCCCUCCACGACCUGGCCGAGUUCGCCGAGGGUACUCUCGGAAACGCCGGCAAGGCGCCCGACAAGGGUUUGGCGACGAAGCUGAGACCCUUGGUGAAGGCCCUUCGGGAUUCGGAUAAACUCGUCCAGGAAGCCGCGGGGGAGCUCGACUCCAUGGAAUGGGACGCCGGGAAAUUGUGUCGCGGCGGGGGCGAAACCCCCACACCGACAAACGGAUCACCCCCUUCGUUGAUCGGCUCGGCGCAACCGGAUCCCCUCGAUCAGCUGGUCGCCUGUGCCAGAGCGCUCACCGAGGACGUUCGCCAGGUCGCCAGUUUCAUUCAGGGCAACUCCACCCUGCUCUUCAAGCGGUCCUCCAUCACCUCGACAGGCAGCAGCAAUAACAGUGGCCCUGGGGAAGACUACGACUACGUUAACUUGGACUCGAGGGAAGUGGUGGCGAAGCAACGAGAGGAACUAAGGGCGACCCUACCUCAAGAACUACGAAGCAGCUACGACCUGUUGGUCUCGGAAGCCGACAGUGCGACUAUCCAGAUGCCUCCGACAACGCCGACUCCAAUGGACCCGAACGACAAGCAACUUUUGGCCUUCUAUGCCGCUCAAGUGAUCACGCAUGGCGCCCACUUGACCCAUGCAAUAGACGCCUUCCUGCAGACCGUCGAACACAAUCAACCACCCAAGGUGUUCCUGGCCCAUGGGAAGUUCGUCGUCCUCAGCGCGCACAGGCUGGUGCACAUCGGCGACACCGUGCACAGAAACGUGAUCCGCAACGACGUGAGAACCCGAAUCCUGCAGUGUGCAAACGCGCUGAACGAGGCGUUGGGCCAAACGGUGUCCAAGACGAAGCAGGCUGCCCAAUUUUUCCCGAGCGUCACCGCCGUCCAGGAGAUGGUGGACAGCGUCGUGGACGUGUCCCACCUGGCGAAGGACCUAAAGGUGGCGAUGAUCCACGCGGCCCAGCAGCCCUGAGGAAACGCAUCCAAGCCGAGGGUGGACUCUUCAAAUCCUCUCGCUGGCGAACGACUCCUUGAUCCAAGGAAAACGGGUCCCAAGAUCUUCUCCGAGGACUUCCACGAGAAGGAUCGGGUCGUGGCAGCAGGUCCCGAAGGUCCCAGGAAGUGUCAAUCGGCGUCCUAGUCGGCAAUGUCAGGACUUGGGAUCGUUCACGUUAGAUUGGAGAUUUCAUGUAUUAGCGCCA